GUAAGUUCCCGCUGUGAAGAGGAAAGCCUUCUAGCCCGAGGUCAAUCUAGUGCUCAGAACAAGCAGGUGGACGAGAAUUCUUUGAUUUCAACCAAGGAAGAGCUUCCAGUUCUUGAAAGGGAGGCUCUGUAGACCAGGCGCAGUGGCUUACGCCUGUAAUCCCAGCACUUUGGGAGGCCGAGGCGGGUGGAUCACGAGGACUUUAUGAAAGUAAACAUCAAAGAAAACCAACUAAGAAACUUCUUGAAUCCAAUGAUUUAGACCCUGGAUUUAUGCCCAAGAAGGGGGACCUUGGCCUUUCUAAAAAGUGCUUAAGAAGCUGGUCAUCUGGAGAAUGGAAUAACUGAAUCUUCUGCCGCAUCUUUUUCAAAAGAUUUUGGUGGAGGCACUAUCAAGAUAUUUGACAAACCAAGGACGCGAAAACGACAGAGGCAUGCUGCAGCCAAGAUGCAAUGCAAAAAAGUGAAAAAUGAUGACUCAUCAAAAGAGAUUCCAUGCUCAGAGUGAAACCUUAAAAUGGAACAGCUCAGAAAGUUCCAGUGGAACAAACAGCCUCAGAGCAGUUAGUGGCAGGGCAUGAGCCGCCCACUACCCGCCCAAUCACAGCAGGGUUAGAACUAACGUUGCAUGCAGUCCCCCGAGUGAUUGGCUGAACAUCUGGAGAACUAAUGCCUCACAGGACGGCCACAAGCCCCAAGGAGACUGUUGAGGAAGGUGUAGAACACGAUCCUCGGAUGGCUGCCUCUAACACAAUGCAGGGUGAACAUGGUGGAGGAGCUGCACUCAAGGAGAAUGUUUGACAGAAUUGUGAAAAAUCAGGUGAGCUGCUGUUAUGUGAGGCUCAGUGCUGCGGGGCUUUCCACCUGGAGUGCCUUGGAUUGACUGAGAUGCCAAGAGGAAAAUUUAUCUGCAAUGAAUGUCACACACAGGCUCUCCCGGCUGUGAUUGACCUUCAGUUACAGAGAGAGGGAGCAGAGUGCGACCAGGUCUGAGAAUAGUGAAGCAACUCAUUCCUUUCAGGACAUUCCCUCUGAUGUCCUAUUUUCAAACUGGUCUCUGGAGGAGCCUAAGGUGAUCUCCGCCUUCUCUGGAAAGCAGGCCGGGAAGCACGUGGUGCACAUCGCUUGCGGGAGCACUUACAGCGCGGCCAUCACUGCCGAGGGGGAGCUGCACACCUGGGGCCACGGGAACUGCGGCCGGCUGGGCCACGGCUCCAGUGAAGAUGAGGCCACUCCGAUGCUGGUAGCUGGGCUUAAAUAAGGACUGAAGGUCACCGAUGUGGCGUGUGGGAGUGGGGACGCUCAAACCCUGGCUGUCACUGAGAAUGACAGUGGUGACCCUGGCCAGGAGCGCGGACGUGCUGAGCAUCGUGCAGUCGGCUGCCCAGGCCGUGCUGCAGAGCGGCUGUCCGUGCUGCUGCCCACCACGGAGGAGCAGGCCCGGGCACUCUCUGCUCUCCUGCCCUGCGCAGUUUCAGGCAAUGAAGUGAACAUAAGUCCAGGUCGUCAAUUCAUGAUUGAUCUUCUGGUGGGCAGCUUGAUGGCUGCUGGAGGGUUGGAGUCAGCCUUACACGCAGCCAUUACUGCGGAGAUCCAGGAUACUGAGGCCAAAAAAGAAGCACAGAAGGAAAAAGAAAUUGAUGAACAGGAAGCGAAUGCCUCAACAUUUCAUAGAAGCAGGACUCCAUUGGAUAAAGACCUUAUUAAUACGGGGAUCUGUGAGCCUUCUGGCAAACAGUGUUUGCCUCUGGUUCAGCUCAUACAACAGCUUCUUAGGCUGGAGUGCAAUGACGCGAUCUUGGCUCACUGCAACCUCCACCUCCCAGGUUCAAGUGAUUCUCCUGCCUCAGCCUCUCGAGCCGCUGGGAUUACAGAUGAUAGUGUCGAACCAAGUGGAACAAAGAAAGAAGAUCUGAAUGACAAAAAGAAAAAAGAUGAAGAAGAAACUCCUGCACCUGUAUAUAGGGCCAAGUCAAUUCUGGACAGCUGGGUAUGGGGCAAGCAACCAGGGAUGUUCAUGGAACGCAAGGCACCAAAGGACCAGAAGCAUCCCCCUGCAGGACCAGCACUUGGCCCUGGCCAUCCUGCUGGAGCUGGCUGUGCAGAGCGGCACGCUGAGGAUAUUGAAGCCAAAAAAGAAGCGCAGAAGAAAAAAGAAAUUGAUGAACAGGAAGUGAAUGCCUCAACAUUUCAUAGAAGCAGGACUCCAUUGGAUAAAGACCUUAUUAAUAUGGGAAUUUGUGAGUCUUCUGGCAAACAGUGUUUGCCUCUGGUUCAGCUCAUACAACAGCUUCUUAGUCAGUGUUAAAGAAUGGUGAGCAUUGUUUUGGAAGACCAGACUAGGAGGAGAUUGGAAGAAGAAGUCACACUCAGCCUGUGAACAGAAGCUAACCUUGGCAGAAGCCAAAAUGGUCAGACAGUGUUGUGUAAAAAUGAUCACUCAAGAGGGGCAAAAAAGCAAGGUGAUUUGUGAAAGAGAUUUAUUAGAAAAUGAAACGCAUUUGUACCUGUACUUAAUAAAAAUCUGCUUUCUGUAAA